GAGAUUUUGUAUCCCUGUCUCUGUUAUCGAGUCUGGCCUGCACAUCAUCUUGUCACAUCGAGAACAAUGAGGGAAUGUAUUAGCGUCCACGUCGGUCAAGCUGGGGUGCAGAUAGGGAAUGCCUGCUGGGAACUGUACUGUCUGGAACACGGCAUUCAGCCGGAUGGUCAGAUGCCUUCAGACAAAACCAUCGGAGGUGGAGACGACUCGUUCAACACCUUUUUCAGUGAGACAGGUUCCGGAAAACAUGUCCCCAGAGCUGUGUUUGUCGAUCUGGAACCUACAGUAGUCGACGAAGUUCGCACUGGUACCUAUCGGCAACUAUUUCACCCCGAGCAGUUAAUUUCUGGCAAGGAAGAUGCGGCAAAUAACUACGCCCGUGGUCAUUACACGAUCGGCCGGGAACAGGUGGACCUGGUCCUUGACAGGAUUCGCAAACUGGCUGAUCAGUGUACCGGCCUUCAGGGAUUCCUCAUUUUCCACAGCUUCGGAGGAGGCACUGGUUCCGGAUUUACCUCCCUUCUCAUGGAACGUCUUAGUGUGGAUUAUGGGAAGAAGUCCAAGCUGGAGUUCUCGGUGUAUCCGGCGCCACAAGUGGCGACUGCCGUGGUGGAACCUUACAACUCUGUCCUCACUACUCAUACGACACUGGAACAUUCAGACUGCGCCUUCAUGGUCGACAACGAGGCCAUCUACGAUAUCUGUCGUCGUAACUUAGACAUAGCGCGACCGUCGUAUGUUAACCUGAAUCGUCUGAUUGGUCAGAUCGUCAGCUCCAUUACAGCCUCUCUCAGAUUUGACGGUGCUCUCAAUGUGGACCUGACCGAGUUCCAGACGAACCUGGUACCUUACCCCCGUAUCCACUUUCCCCUUGCUACCUAUGCCCCAGUCAUAUCUGCGGAGAAGGCUUAUCAUGAGCAGUUGUCAGUAGCUGAAAUCACCAACGCCUGCUAUGAGCCGGCCAACCAGAUGGUCAAAUGUGACCCAAGGCAUGGGAAGUAUAUGGCCUGUUGUCUACUCUACAGAGGUGACGUCGUGCCAAAAGACGUCAACGCCGCCAUUGCUACCAUCAAAACCAAGAGAUCCAUCCAGUUCGUCGACUGGUGCCCCACGGGAUUCAAGGUUGGUAUCAACUACCAGCCCCCUACCGCGGUCCCCGGUGGUGACUUGGCCAAGGUCCAGAGAGCUGUCUGCAUGUUGAGCAACACAACAGCUAUUGCUGAGGCUUGGGCUCGCCUUGACCAUAAGUUUGACCUGAUGUACGCCAAACGCGCCUUCGUUCACUGGUACGUGGGAGAGGGUAUGGAGGAGGGUGAGUUCUCCGAGGCUCGGGAAGAUUUGGCUGCUCUGGAGAAGGACUACGAGGAGGUAGGACUGGAUUCGGCGGAGGCUGAGGAUGAAGAAGGUGACGAAUACUAGACAUCGACACCUGCAUUCAUGUCUGUACUUUUAACCAUUUAUGUGUACACCUAGGGUAUCUAUACACAACUUGGACAUUAUAAGACUACAGAAAUAAUGUACAUGGAUUAAGACAGUCUUUCUAUACUGAUUCCCUCUAGAAAGAUUUUGACUUUAUGACAGUUAUACAUAAUUCAGCGAAAUUCAUUGCCUCCAUAUUCAUAUUUUCUCUCUGUUUGUAUUACAUUCAUCAAAUCCUUUAAAAACCAAAUAAAUAAUAAUAUGUAAAAAAAAAUCAUUCUUGCUUUAGA